AUGGAAUCGGUUUCCAAGGCAAGCAUGGAUUUUGCCUUCUCGGGAAGCAGAGCAUCUAUGAAGAAGGACGACCUGUCGGAGGUCUCCAACCUCCGCAGGAGCUUGUAUGACUUGCAGCAAGACUUGUUCAAAGAGAAAGAGCUCAGGCAAGACUCUGACAGGGAGCUUCUGAAAGCACUUUCGCUGCUCAAGAAAGUGGUGGUGAUGGAUGACCCCAACGAAUCCAGGCAGAACUUUUCUUCACAGCUCAUGGACAGGCAGGUGGACCAUGAGAGAGAGUCCCGUCAACUGCAGGCAAACUUGCAAGCCUGCAAGUGCAAGCUGGAGGCAGUAGAAGCAGAACUGGAGAGGAAGUGUGUUUCGUACAAUCACUUGGAGGAGACCAUGAUCCAGUUGAACAAACUGUACGAGCAUGAGCAGCAUCAGAGAAAGAAGCUGGAGCAAGACCACAACCUUGUGCUGUCGCAGAGGUCGGGGUUGGAGGACGAGCUUUCCCGGGCCCGAUCGGAAUGUGAAGCCUCAGACGCACAGCUGGCUGACCUGCGGGAGGAGAUGCGGGAGAUCCAGGAGAUGCUGUCCCAGGCGGUGAAGGACUCGCUGGAGAGGGACGGCGAGCUCAAGAGGAAGGCGAGGGCGUACAAGGCUGAAGUGAAGUCGAAGAGCUCCAAGAUCGCGGAGCUCAUGGAGGAGAACGAGAGUCUGUUGGCCAAGGUAGAGGCUAUGAAGGAGGAGGAGGAGGCGAUGAAGAAGAAGCACCGGAAAGAGCUGGAAAGGCUCCGCGCUAACAUGGACGAGGCGACUGGCAGAAUCUCGGAGGAGCUGGAGAGCUGCCAAGACAGACUGAGGAAGGAGGAGGAGCGUAGGAAGAAGCUGCAGUCGACUGUGGAGGAGCUGAAGGAGUCAGAGUGGCUGAAGAGAGAGAUGGAGGAGGAGGUCAGAAACCUAGCGGACACCUUGAGGGAGAAGGACAGGAGGCUGCAAGCUAUCCAAGAAACGCAUGCAAAGCAGAGAAGGAGUGAGGUAGAGAGCAUCGCAAAGACGAUGCACGAAGAGCACAUUUCCCUGCUCAGAGACCAGUGGGCGAAGUCGACUGAAGGGUUGGACGCCCUGGCGGCCUCGUGCGAUUUCUUGUCUUCACCUGCCCCAUCCAAACAGAGUUGGGCAGAGCCCAGGAGCAGGUUUGAGGAGUUCUUGAAAGAGUUUCUGGACGCAUCGUUGCAUCGCUACCUGCUCCUUUUGCGGGAUCUGAAGGGCUCGCACGAUAGAUUGAAGGAUGAAAACUCAAGGUUGAAGAGGAUGCUGGAAUCGGAGCAGAGCGUCUGUGCUGGGCUGGAGAAGAAAUUGAAGGAGUUGGAAGGACAGCUGAAGGAGGAGGAGAGCAAGAGUAAAGAAGCACGAGCGGCGAUGCUGCAAGAGUUUGAGCGGAAGGCGGAGCAAGGGGCUCGAGAGCGGCGGGAGCUUCAGAUGAAAGUCCAGAAGUUCUGCCGACGGUGGAACACUUCAGUAUGCUCGCACCUCAAGCCCCGUCUCGCCCUCCUGCGAUCAUCCUUCUCCUCCUUCUCUGAUGACAUCGCCAAGGAGUUUGCAAGCCUCAAGGCCGAGCUGACGUUUGCGAGCGGAGCCGUCAUUCGCCGAGAGAAGCUGGCAUCUUCGCAAGUCGAGCAGCAAGCCCAGCUGAUCUAUCAGGAGGCGGGGCUGACGCCGGCAGCAGGAGACUGGACGCAGGCGGCGCAGGCGGCCAUGUCGUCAUCGCAGGCCAACUUCGAGCACUUCCAGGAGGACGGGGCUGGUUCCUGCCCUGCAGCGACUGCCAGUGACACUGACGAGUUCGAUGGUCAGAUGAGGAGGAGGGGAGAGGAGCUAGAGCAGCUUCAGCUGGAGCUUGCAGACAGCCGCUCGCUGCUCUUGGCGGCCAACGACGAGGUGGAGAGAGUGAAGCAGCAGCAGCAGCAGCAGCAGCAUGCCCGUCAGCAGGAGCUGGAGCAGGUGAAGGGCGAGCUGAGGGCGGCCAGCAAGCAGCUGGGGACGAGCUCGAUGGAACUGCACAAGGCAAGGACGGAGGUGGCGGUGCUGGAGGAGAGGAGCUCGCACUUGAGGAGGGAAGUGGAGGAGAUGAGGAGGGAGGUGGAGGAGAGGGAGCAGGAGGUGAAGCAGCUGCAAGAGGAGAGGGAGAGUCUACGUACUCAGGUGGUCAAGGAGUCGAACAAGCAGGAGGAGACGUUCAGGAGGCUGCAGGAGAAGAUUGCAGAGCUGCAGGAGGAGAAGGCGAGGAGCUUACGGACGGGGCGAGAGCUGGAGGAGGCGAAGGAGGCGGCGAAGACUCUGCGGGCGAGCAUGCUGAGCAGGGAGAGUGAGCUUGAAGAUGCACAGGAGCGGUGGGAACGUGCGAGUGAAGAGAUUCACCAGCGUCAGAGGCAGGUGGAGGCGCUAGAGGAGGAGUGCUACCGCUACAGGAUGCAGGAGGUGGAGUUGCAGUCAGCGAGGAGGAGCUUGGCUUCAGCUGCUGUGUCGGUCAGGGGCGUGAUGAAGGAGCUCGCGCAGAUCAGGAGGAGCACGGAAGAGGUCGUGCUGCGGGAGGAGGAGGAGGGGAGGAGGAUGGAGGCACUGGGUGCAGAGCUGCAGCACACGACGAAGAGGGUGGCAGAGGGGACGAGCUGUGUUGGGAGCCUGCUGCUGGAGUUGAGGGAGGCGCAGAGGCUGGUGGAGGAGGCGAAGGUGAGCACCGGCCGCGAUCGGGCAGAGGUGGAGAGGAUGAUGGGGGAGAGGAGGAGCCUCCUGCUCAGCAUGCAUGCGAACAAGCAGACGAGGUCCAAGAUGGAGGCUGACAUGCAGGAGAUGCGGUCGAGCCUGAUGCGGCAAGCAGCCAGGGCGCAGGAGGAGGCGGAGGCGAGGAUCCUUCAGCAUGAAGAAAGGAUACAUCAGCUGGUGGAGAGGAUACAUCAACAGGAGGAGGAGAUGCGGGAGCAGGAGGAGAGGAUCAGCCGACAGGGAAGGGAGUUACGACAGCAGAAGGAGGUGUCGAGUCAAGGAGAGGAAGCGAUUCGGGAGCAGGGCAGGGAGAUCCGUGAACGAGAUGAGAAGCUCCGCUUGCUGGAGGAGACGAUGGGAACCGAGCAGAGGAGGAUGAGACAGCUGGAGGAAACUUUGAAACAGCAGGAGGAGGACUUGAAAGGACAGGAGAAGAAAAUGAAACAACAGGAGGAGGAAUUGAAGCAGCUGCAACAAGAGCUCUGCUGUGUGCUCGAGCUUGAACCGAGGGUCCAGCACGCUUGCAGCAGUCUCCUCCUCGUUCAGCGGGCGCUGGGGAGGAGGAGGAAGGAGGAAGCGGAAGUUGUCCUGGAGCUGGUGGAGAGCACGAGGAGCAUCAACAGCGAGAUGCGCGUGACCCUUCAGCUCUUGUACGUCUCCAUGCUCUGCUCUGCUCCUUCUCCCUUAUGCUACACUUGCCGCGGGCAGGGAGAUUUUGGGGAGGCUCUGCUUCCACCGCGGCAUCUUGUAAGGGCGAGAAACGCCGAGCUUGUCUGUCAGUCGUCAGCAACCCUCCAGCUGUCAGAGGCUCCGCUAACCUUUCGACACCCGCUGCUGCUCCCGAAACUGAAGCAUCGUCAGAGCAUCGCCUUGCUUCAGCCAGUCCGUGAGCCCCAGGGCGUCCGAGCACGUUCGGCCCCCCUGGAUCUCCUGGAAGAGGUGGAGCGUGAGGGAGGCUGA